GGGCGUAAACUUAGCAAGAUAACAAAAACAAAAAAGUAUUGUGGUCAAUUUGAGAAAAUCAAAAUAAUUAAGAGGGGAAAAGAUUUUGCCUGCUCCAAUCUCCGUCACUACCGGAGAAGCAAAACCGCUCGGAGGUUCCCGCCGGCGACCGCCACCUUACGACGUCGUACCGCAGAACCUCACAAGACCCUAAUCACAAGAAAUCUCGAUAUAUUGUUCCAUUUUAUGAUCAGUUUUAAAGAUGAGUAGGCUCUAUGAUGGGUGGAAUGAGAUUUUAAAGAUUCAGAAGUUCCGAAGAGCAGUGGGAAAAACUAUAUUCUUUUCUUUCUCGGCGCUCAUUAGCUAUGCAUACAACUCGAAUACGACAAGAGCUGGGUUUUCCAGAGGUGAUCAAUUUUAUGCGUCAUAUCCUGCAGGGAGUGAGCUUUUGACCGAUACUACUAAGUUGUAUAAAUCUGCACUGGGGAAUUGUUUUGAAGUGGAAGAAUGGGGCCCGAUUGAAUGGUCUAUAAUGGCUAAACAUUUCGAGCGUCAAGGGAAAUCACCGUAUGCAUAUCAUGCUCAAUACCAGGCUCACAUUGCCUCUAAUGGACAUCUUGAUGGAAGUGGAUGAAUCCAAAAUCCAGCAUGAGAAGGAGACAAGAUUUUGUUAAUGUUAGUUGUUCUUUAAUUCCAAAGUAUAUGUUUCUCAACACUCAUAUUACAUGUUGGCAUCUUCAAGCAAUUUGGACAAACUAACUGAUCAAUAAAAGCCAUAGAUCCAUUUAGUUUA